AAGGACAAUAACCUAGACACAUUGACUUUGAAUGAAGUCCAGAUCUACCAGUGAUGGGCAAGACGAAAAAAAUCGAGCCUCGUUUCAAGGCCCAUUCCUUCGUCUCGGAGAUGAUCGGAAUGGUAUUAUAUUACAUAAAACGACAUAUAAGGUUAAAUUGUAAUUGUUAUGUAAAUGAUUAUCGUAAUUUCCUAACAUUGUAAUUUAUUUAUCCACAUCGUUCCUAACAUUUGUCUUCUUUUGAUUUAUCAAAGACGCGAAAGGAGAGAGGCUCUUUCACGAGAUAAGAUUUCGAUUUAUUGAAAGACGUGGCGUAUAAAGACAUUUGUGGAAUUUUCGUGGGUUCAGUGAUGUCAGGGACCUUUGCACAGCUCUGAAACUUGCCAUAUCAUGGGUCCAAGAUUGUCUUAAUUGACCGUAAUGAAUGGUAUGCAUGAAAACCAAUGGAUUAUUGCUGAGGCGCCAGCACGCAUUGAUCUCUCAGGUGGCUGGAGUGAUACACCACCAAUUACCUAUGAAUCUGGAGGUGAAGUGACUAAUGUUGCCGUGAAAGUGGAUGGAAUUAAACCUAUUGGAGCAAAAAUACGUAAAAUUCCAAAAUAUGAGUUGAUUCUUGUCAUGUGUGACAAAAGAACCAAUCAUCAAGAAAUUCUAGAAUGUAAAAAAUUGGAAGAUCUUAAAGAUUAUUGUGAGCCUAGUGCAUCAGGUGCGCUGCUCAAGACUGCAUUUUUGUGUACUGAAGUUGUGGAUAUGAAAUCAGAAUUAACUUUAGCCGAACAGCUUAAGACUAAGUUCGGUUGUGGAUUUGAAAUCCACUCUUGGUCCUAUUUACCCUUUGGCUCGGGUAUGGGGACAAGUAGCAUUCUAGCUGGCACAAUUUGUGCCGCAAUUUGGCGAAUCACGAAACGCGAAUAUAGUGAAAGAGAUCUGAUUCAUCUUGUGGUAGAACUGGAACAAAUGUUAACAACAGGGGGUGGUUGGCAGGAUCAGGUCGGAGGUCUUAUACCGGGGGUGAAAUACACUAAGUCGCCAGCUGUUGUACCAAUUCAAGUAUAUCCAGAAAAGUUGACCAUAAGUAAAGAUACGUUGAAGAAUGUUUCUAGUAAUAUGGUGUUAAUCUACACUGGAAAAACAAGAUUGGCUAAAAAUCUUUUACAGAAUGUAAUAAGACGAUGGCGCGAUGGAACUGAAGAAAUCAUAAACAAUGUGAAUGAUCUUAAGGAAAAUGCUCGAACUUGUGCUAAAGCCUGGAGUGAUGGUGAUUUGAUAGCUAUGGGCAAAUGUCUGAACGUGUACAGGAAGCAGAAAAAGAUCAUGGCACCAGAUUCUGAACCAGAUGAUAUUCGUGAAAUAAUAAACAGCGUUCUUAGUUAUUCAUAUGGUUGUUGUUUUGCUGGAGCUGGCGGUGGUGGUUAUCUAUUAGCGAUAACAAAGGAACCGGAUAUGCACAAGCAACUUGAAGGGAUAUUGAAAAAACUUUCUUAUGAGACAAAUGGUUCAUAUACAGUACAUCGAAUAGAAGUGGACAACGAGGGUUUGAUUGUUCACACCAGCCAGUGAAUAGAACAUGUCACAUAUUAAUACGUUUUAAAGCACUGAAAUGUCGUUUCUAGCUAAGUUUAAGCCAUCCACAUUGCUUAAAAAACAGCAGAAGGCGUUUACGUUGCAAUUUUCCAAUGCAGGAAGGGUAACGGGUUUUUACGGUAUUGCCGCGUCUUCGUAACGAAUGAUCCUAAAAUAUUUUUAUAUAAAGAUGAAUAUAAGUCGCAACAAUUUUUAAAAUUAUGGUAUUACUAACACACACUAACACAGUUUAACGAACUUUAAAUAUAUAUGGAGCAAUUUUCUCUGAGGUAA